ACACACACACACACACACACGACCCUGUACACCGUGUAUGUCAGGCCUAUAUUGGAGUAUGCAGCACCAGUUUGGAACCCAUACCUAGCCAAACAUGUAAGGAAAUUAGAGAAAGCGCAGAGGUUUGCAACAGGACUAGUCUCGGAGUUAAGGGGCAUGUCCUACGAGGAGAGGUUAAGGGAAAUCGACCUGACGACACUGGAGGACAUCAGAGAUUAGGGGGGAUAUGAUAACGACAUAUAAAAUACUGAGAGGAAUUGACAAGGUGAACAGACAGGAUGUUCCAGAGAUGGGAUACAACAACAAGGGGACACAGUUGGAAGUUGAAGACUCAGAUGAAUCACAGGGAUGUUAGGAAGUAUUUCUUCUGUCACAAAGUUGUCAGGAAAUGGAAUAGUCUGGGAAGUGAUGUAGUGGAGGCAGGAUCCAUACAUAACUUUUAAGAAGAGGUAUGAUAAAGCAUAAAGAGUGACCUAGUAGCGACCAGUGAAGAGGCAGGGCCAGGAGCUGUGUCUCGACCCCUGCAACCACAACUAGUCGAGUACACACACACACACACACACAAUGGAGCCAGGAGCUAUGAAUCGACCCCUGCAACCACAAAUAGGAAUGAACUCCGUGUGUCCUGGCAUGAUGUUCCUGAUGCUAUCAAGUGUACUCAUCUUGACAGCCAUGGCAGCCGCUCGCCCACUCUGCUUCGAUGAGGAGACUGAGGAGUUGGAGGGUUCACUUCCACUAUUGCUGCUGUCUCUACCACCACACCACCAAGCCACAAAAGGCAUGGCACAGAAGCGCAAUUCAGAGCUUCUUAACACUCUUCUCGGGUCACAGGGUCUCAGCCACAUGCGCAGUGCAGGCAGACGCUAAUGUCAUGGUGAUAAUGUGCUCUUAUGCACUAUCAUUGAACAUCACCGUUAGGUGUAGAUAACCAGCUUUUGAAACAUGGAAUAGAUUUUUUCAAAUAUUUGCAUACAAAUUUCUUAUAGACAUCUUUAGCUUGAGCAUUAUUGAGGGUGUGAUGUGAUCAGACAUGAAGGGUGACACCAG